AUGAGGAUUCUGGUGUUUCUUCUCUUGGUGGCUUUGGCCAGUGCUAAAGUCUUCACACGCUGUGAAUGGGCCAGAGUACUGAAGAAAAAUGGGAUGGAUGGCUACAGGGGCCACAGCCUGGCAAACUGGGUUUGUCUGUCCAAGUGGGAGUCGGAGUACAACACCAGAGCCACCAACCACAACACUGAUGGAUCCACUGACUACGGCAUCUUUCAGAUCAACAGCCGCUGGUGGUGUAACGAUGGCAUCACCCCUUCAUCAAAUGCAUGCAACAUCAGGUGCAGCGAGCUUCUGACGGAUGAUGUCACAGUGGCAAUCAAUUGUGCUAAACGCGUCGUUAGGGAUCCCGCCGGCAUUGGAGCAUGGGUGGCCUGGCGCCAUCACUGCCAGGGCCGCGACCUGAGCAACUAUGUGGCAGGAUGUGGUGUUUAAUCAACGUAUGGGAGCAGCACAGUGUCAUCAGUGUUAUAA